CACCCAGGCAUCUUGCGGAGGAGUCUGCGCCCCUUCCCCGAAUGCAUCAGCAGCUUUGCCUUCGCCGGCUGGAUCCCGAUCACCGGGGAGCUGCAGAGAUUGCUGGGACGGGGGGAGUACAACCCCUUGCAGCCCACCCCCCUCUUCGAGAGCAACUUCCUGCAGGUGACCAAGCGGGGCGAGCUGGUGGAUCUGCACAACUGCGCCAGCCUAGUCACCCUGGGCAUCGCCACCACCAGCCCCGCCUUGCUCCUGCCCGAUGUCAUGAUCAUCGCCCGCCCCAUGGAGAGGUCCCAGGGGGAGCCUUUGGGCCCCAGGACAGCGCACGCCCCACCAGAGCUGGAACUGACCCGGCUGAUCCCACUGGAGCAGGUGAGCCUCUACCUGCACGACAUGGGAGAGCAGCGUCUGAAGCUGCGCCUGGCCACAGGGCGUGUCUACUACCUGAAGCUCUGUGCCCCCCGGGGGGAGGAGCGUCCGCUCUUUGCACGCUGGCUGCGGCUCACCUACCUGCUGAGGGUCCCCCUGGACAGCUGGGCCAGCAUCCCCUCCUGGCACACCUCCGACCUGCAUGGGCGCAGUGCCAAGCAACCCCAUAGCCAGCGGCUGUGGCCCAUUCAGGAGGAGGAGGAGCCCAGGACCCUGAUACCCCAACUUGGGGAGCCCCCAGGCAGUGGGAGCUGGACCCCCAGCCAGGGGCAGCUGAGAGGGAGGCAGCGUCUGGCCAGCCCCAUCACGGGGCAGCAACCCUCCACGCGGAGCGUAGGGGGACAGGGGUCCAGAUGCCCCACAUCGCCCAGCAUAGCAGCCCUGGUGAGACGCUCCCCAAAACUCCUUGAUGAUCUUUCUGGGUCCCAGGCAGAGGUCACCAGCCCCUGGACACAGGGCCCAGUGUCCAGAGAGCUGAGCGCAGAGAGGAACUGUGGCCAGCUGAGCCUGGCCAUCCCCUCUGGUUCCCGGAGCCCGGCAGGAAUCCCGAGACAGCAUGGAUCUAGUGCCGGGUCUAGAGCCACCAUGGCUCCUGGCUCCCCUGAGCGAUCCAGAGCUUCUGUGGGCGUGGGGCGCUCAGCGGUGGCCACGGCUUCUGUGGGCAUGGGGUGCUCGGCGGUGGCCACGGUGUCGGCGGCAGCAGGUCCGUCCAGGCCGGCCAGCGCCCGGCCCUCGGGGAUGGGUGGAGAGAUGGAGCCGGGCGAGAGAUGCAGGAAGCCCAGCACGGAGAUGAGACGAACUGAGUUGGGCUGCUCCAGCCCCUCCACGGAGCAGGGCAGGUCCUGUUCCCAGAGCCAGCGUGGAUCUAAUGCAGCAUCCAGAGCCGCCGUGGCUCCCGGGUCCCCUGAGCGAUCCAGAGCCUCCGUGGGUGUGGGGCGCUCGGCGGGGGGCACCGCUUCCGUGGGCGUGGGGCGCUCCCUACCGUCCACUGCUUCAGUGGCAGCGGGUCCUUCCAGGCUGGCCAGCACCCAGCCCUCGGGGAUGGAGCCAGACAGGAGAUCCGGGGAGAGGAGCCAAGCCCAGCUGGGCCACACCAGCCCCUCCACGGAGCAGGGCCAUUCCCAUUUCCGGAGCCAGCAUGGAUCUAGUGCAGCGCUCGGGCCAACCGGAGGCACCGUGACCCCCAGCUCCCAUGGGCAGCCUAGUGGCUCCAGGGCUCCCAGCUUUCUGGAGCCAGCCAGAUCGCCCCUUGCUGCUGCCGCACCUCUGGAGAGAUCUCAACUCUCUGGGGGCGUGGGGCCUUCGGAGGUCGCCACGGCGGCCCUGGCCAUGGACCCCUCUGGGCAGAGAAGCUGGAGCAGCUCCUGGUUGGAUCGAGCCGAGAGACAGGGUAGGAGAUCCAGGGAGACAGCUGGAGAAAGCGGUAAAGGCAAAGCCCGGUCCAGCUCCGGCAGCCCCAGCCACAAGAGGCCGUCCAAGUAGGUGGGGUAUCGGUUAAAUACAUAACCAGCCUCCGGGCCCCACCCCAGAGGGGCUGCAUCCCAGUGCCGGGUGAGGGGUCCCCGUAAGACCAGUCCCUGUGCCCCACCCCAGAGGGGC